AUGGCGAGAUUCAGAGCGGGCGACCCCAAACAACAUUUCGGCAGCAAUGUAGUGGCCCUGGACGCUGGCCACCUCAGGGGUUCGUGGAACGGAGUCAUGUACGUCCUCUGCAUGCACGACAGCAACAACAAGAUCACCCACGUCAGCACUGUACUCGCAGACAAAGAGAACGCAGCCAACUACAAGUUCCUGCUCCAGGAGAUCUGCCAGAACGAGCAUAUGCAGCGACUUCUUUCGUCCGGCGAGGUGACGUUCUACAUCGACGGUCACAAAGGAUCACCGGCGGCCCUCAGGGUGGUUCUACCGCAAGCCCCAUGGUGUGCGUGCGUGAGGCACCUCAUCACCGACCAGAACAUGAAGGCAAUGGGACACGCAUUUUCAGACGCGGUUUACCGAGCGGCGGUGAUGCCUACCAAGGCCCUGUUCGAGGAGGGCAUAGAGCCAGUCAAAAAGUACGGCAUCCUCAUGAAGAACGACCUCGAGAAAUGGACACACCAUGCCACCCCCAGCCAACCUGGUCAACCUGAAGAUGUGCACCUCCAACUCUGCGGAGUCCACCAUCUCCGCGGUCGGCCACCAGAAACGGGAAAUAGACCCUUAUCAUCUCCACAUCGAGAUUGCGGAGAAAACUGCGGAGCAACUCGCGACGAAUGCCGAAUUGAAGAAGGACAGGCCUGCCAUACUCGUUCCAUUCGCGGCCAAGUUCAUGGAGGGCGAGAGGUUGCUCAGCCUUCAGAGCACGGCAAGAGCCAGUACGGCAACAGGGUGACGAUCGUGCUGCCGGACACGGAAGGGAAGGGUGGCCGCGUCGAGUGCACCUGCAGCAUCCCUUCCAGGUUCUACCUGCUGUACCAGGACACCCUCGCGGUGUUGAAAUCAAUCAACAGGCUUGACUGCACGAGGGCGCUUGUUGAUAGCGGGCACACCCUGGCUUCCAACAGGGCGCUCCACAGCCACCCCGACUAUCCCGUCGUACUUCCUAUCUGGUCAGAGCUUUCGAAGGGCGACCUCCUGCCCCCGCGCCAGGUGACCCGGCAAGCUGGUGCUCCGAAGAAGAAGCGUGGCCCCCGGCAGCGUUCCCGAAUCCCUGGUCGCAACAACUGCCAGCGCGGACGCGGCAACGUAGCCCAAGGCGGAAGUGGUCGUGGCGGCGGGCGGGCCGCCGGGGGAGGGGGUGGUCGUGGCGGGGGCGGCAACGCUCAGCCCGUCCCGGUAUAUGAGAUGGGCAGUGCUCGCAGCCACGUGGGAGACCUCAAUGUCGGAGUUUCCGCGGGCGAGCGACCUACCGGGAGGCUGUGGGGAUGGCUUGCGGUUCAGCGUUACGGCUCACAAGACGCUUCCGGCCGCGACCACGCAGCGGGGCCGGGGGCCGGGUCAAGCGCUAUGCUGAGUGGAUCCCAAGGCUCCAUCGACCUGUCGUAG